AUGAUCUCAUUGUCGUCUCUGUUGAUGGAGAAGAGCGGAAGAAUGGAGGACCUGUUGAUUAAUAUGGACACACAGUUACGGCUAUAUCUGUGGACAAUCAACGAAAUCAAUGCACUUAAAUACGCGAUUGAAGUGCAGAAUACGGCCCGCAAUCAGAUCCGUGUCAGUCAUUACAAGAAGCGAUGGCGCGAUCGGUAUAUCAAACCGCCGUCAAAGUCACAUAACUUUGAAGAUCCAUUGAAACUUAUGGACAAACUGGUGAACAAUUCCAAGACAUACGAUCACGUGUUGUCAUUCAAGAAGGUUCUGUUAAAUAUCGUCGACGACCACAAUCCACAGUUGGAUCACAACAACCACACAAACAAAACGGAUAUUCUUAAGGCAAUUGACUAA